AUGGCGUUGCCAACUUCUGAGGAGCAAUUCCUGCCUCGCCUCCUCGCCGUCUUCUACGCUGUUUUUCAUCCAACAGAAGGCCCCAAAGUCAUCUAUCAGGUACCAGAGGGCUCCAUCACCGAAGAAAAGACAACUGCGAAAACGGAUGUCGCAUUAUCCUCUGCCGCUGUGGGCGCAGCGAGCACAACGUCAGGCACAACCAAGACGCAGCUGGCAAAGGGCGUUGGAGUGCAUGGCGGCGAGCCCCUCUUUGACUUUUCCGCGCUAUUCGAAUACCUCAUCCCCAAAGCGCCUUUGUGCGGCCGACUCGUCACCUCAAUCGCUCGAGGCACGGUUGGUGUGCGUCAACGGCAGCAUGAACGUCCCUCUAGAGCUCCCUCGGUCGUGCCUGGUCGCUCUGGGUCCGCAAGAUCCGGAGAAUCAUCUAGAGCUUCUUCCGUCAAGCCAAGGGCUCCUGAGGAUGCCGAUGCAUCUGGCAAGCAACAGCUGGAACAGCGAACUUACAAGAUUAUGGGCUUUCCCACCUUGAUCGAAGACGCGAAAAAAUACCAGAGGAACAACUUCAUCUUCAACCUCUGUUUUGUCUUUGAAGGUCAAUCCGACGUCCGAGCAUACGAACCAGUCGUUCGAAAGUGCGGUCGAGUGCUGCGAGGGCUGGAGGAGACACAAUCGUUCUUGUCCAGCCCCAAGAGCUUGCCGCGCAUGAACGAGGUCAUCGAACAGCUGUUCGAAGAUCUCAGCUCGUAUAGCGAAAGCUUUGUCGCGCUGCCCGAGGCGCCGCAUACCUCCUACCUCAAAGCCUCGUCCAAGCCCAACAGUCCCGAAGGACAAAAUCUCGUUUCUCCGCCUAUUGGUCCCGACGAGUUCAUCUCGUUGGGGACAAGCUUUGCAACGCUGCGCGAGGAGUAUCACCGCAAUAUCAUCAACGAAAGGCUCAAGCAGAAACAGAUGCAGCAGGCGUACAACGGAACUGCUGGUUUUCGAUCGCGCUCUGCUUCUGGCUCCGGGUCCCCGCAUCUCGAGACUGGUAAGAUCUUGACACCUCUCACCACGAUUAGAAACGAUGCGCUGCCGAUGGUGAGGAGCAACAGCGCUUCAGGUACCAGUGGUCCCAGCUCGGAAGGGCCCAACUCGCCUUUGUCUGCCUUGUCUCCAAGCGGGUCCAAUGGACGCAGGCCAAGCUUGGCCAGGUCGUCUACCAUCGUUGGUCUCACUGACGAUGCGGGUCACGGCGCUUUCCCAUCGGAGGAGAGUCGCGAUAACGCCAUGGGCAUCGUCACCUCGCGAAGGCAGAGCGAGCUCAGCCGCGAGCUGAGUGCGGCUGAAAGUCUUGGGAACGUGCUGACCAACAUCGACGGCAACGCGUACGACAGCAUCAACACUGAAGCAGGUACCAGGCGGUCGAGCCGUGGCAGUACAGUGGGCGCACAUGGUGGUGAGCACGAAGGGAACUCGCUCGAGCAUCUCGCCCAGAGCUUUGUUUCGCUGCACACUAUCGAUGCGGCCCUCUCUGAUUCCUACAAUGCGCUACGUGCAGAGACUGCGGACACGACCAAGCGCACUGCACUCGUCGAGAAGCGCGAGCCUCCACAUGGUCUCGGCCGCACGGUACGCGAUGCGAUCAACCUCAAGCUCUUCCCUGUCUAUCCAAACCCGACGCCCAUCAAUGACUGGGACGUUCCUGUAGCACUCCUCGAUCUCUUGUCGCGCGUCGAUGGCAACUGGGACCUGACGCUGCGACGCAUCCUUCCGUUCAUCGAUGGCGUCAACCACGUCAAGCGCAUCGCUCAGCUGGCCGAUGCUGAUCUGGGACUCACACGCGCGUGUCUGGAGCAUCUCAUGUACUACGGCUGCAUCAUCGUCGUUGACAUCUUCCAGUAUUUCAACAUGUACACGUUGCGCCCGGCGAUCGCCAAGAUUGCGGACGACGAAGCGUUGGGUAGGGAAUGUGCGACGUACGUCACGCGGCCGGGGUAUACGCCUCCGAGCUACCCGGAGAUCUUGCGGCUGUACUCGCUGCUGCGAGCAGGGACGACUCUGCAUGACUGGAUCGAGGACAACGAUAUCGAUGGCAAGGGCAUCGAUGUGCGUCGCUUUGUUUCGUUUGGGGUUAUCCAAGGGUUCUUGCGGCGCGUGCAUCGGUAUCCGAUCUACCUGGGUCCACGCACGGCUGAAGACGGCUUUGUUGCAUUCGACACGUCGGUGGUCAGCACGGUGCGCAACUCGCCGGUGGUCAGUUCACCCAUGGUCAAGUCCAAUGACUCCAACUUCCGGCGGUCAGAAGCAGCGGAUGCGCAUCGACGGGAUCAGAGCGGAAGCCGCGAACCAAGGGAUCGGCGUCCGCGCGAGCUAUCCGGCAUGGGUGCCUACAGUGCCUUCCAGCGGAUUGGGCGCGAUGGCAGUGUCGAGAGCCCGGGCGUAGGUCAUCGGGUUCCGUUGCGGGAAAGGGCAUCCGAGGCAAGGUUGAGCAAUAUCGUGCUGGCGGGGGCCGGUGGCAGUGCGAGCGCGUUCAAUUUGGGAGACUCGAUCCACACGGCGAGUGCCGGGGGCAGCAGUCAAUUUGGCACGUCGCCGACGAAGCGUCAUGCUCGGAUGCGGCAGAGGAACAACCAACGGUUUCCGACAACCACGGCCGUCGAUGUGGCUUCCGUGGCUUUUCAAGCGGAAAGGCCUGCAUCGGCGCAAGGCUCUGGUGCGAUGGCGAGGUCUCCGCGCAAGCGGGCGAGUGCCAUUGGUCUGAGCACGGCGAUCCCGAGCACUGCUGUGCCUGGAGGGAGCGGUACAACUGGCGGUGGAGGCCCUGGGAUCGGCGGUGCGGGCGGCGGAUCGCACGCUCGACCUAGCACCGCAGUGAUCCCAGCUGAGCUUGUGGAUAUGCUAGACGGCCUACACAGCGACGACGAGAUCUGCGUCGCGUUUUCCAUCUCGUGGCCCGAACUCGAGAAAAUGCUCAUCCAUAUCGGCCGGUCCCCGCACGCUCGCAGCGAACAGGUGGACACAGACGAAGAGGAUAUCGCCUCGACCCAGCGCAGCGACUGGCGGCGCUGGCCGGGCGGGAGCAUGUUUGGCUCUACCGCGGCGGCAGGGGCUGGAGCGAGUUCCGGGUGGAGCAAGCCCAGGAUGUCUGGGUUCAGUGGGGUCAAUGCCGGAGCAGGUGCAGCGGGGAGGAGCCAGUUCAGCGGCGUGGCGAGUUCGGGCCAUCCAUCGAGCAGGACGCAGGGCGGCGAGUCGAGCGGGUUUGGGGUCGUGUGGGGGAACGAUCCGGAUGAGAGUGGUUGGGGGGCGGGUGCCGUGGUGGACCGUGAGGCGAUCGAGGCGGGUGACUUGGGCAAGGUGAGGAUCCUGUUUCAGUGA